AUGGGAUCGGGAGGUGUGGAUGUUCAACAACCUGUCCAGUUCCACCAACAACAACCUCAGGUCAUUCAACUUGUUGAACAACCUGCCUUCCAGUUCCAACAACAACCUCAGGUAGUUCAACCUGUAAAUCAGGUGGUGGUGGUGCAGCAGCAGCGGCGGCCAACUGAUGUUCCUGGACAGAUGACGUGUCCUCACUGCCAAAAUACUGUUGUCACUACAGUCACGUACACAAAUGGUAUGCUCACCUGGCUGAUCUGUGGCACACUAGGAAUCUUGUUGAUCUGGCCUUGCUGUCUCAUCCCCUUCUGUGUGAAUGAAUGCAAGGACGUGAAGCAUUCCUGCCCCGUCUGCAACAACGUCCUGCACAUUCAUAAACGCAUGUGAAAAGCACCGCAGUGACCUCUCUGCUGAAGUACCAACAAAACAUAGAAAAGUCAUCCAUGACUAAAUAAAACAUUUAGACAGGAGCCAAACCCCUAUAUGCAAACACAUUGGACGUAGUCAUGAACCCUGUGCUCACUUGUGUCA